CAUCUGAUCAAACUGCGACGUUGCCACAUUUCCGAGCAGAACAAUAAUUAGCAGUAGUACCUAAGUAAAGAGGCUAGCGCCGCGCUGCCCAGGGCCAGUAUGCUCCGAAACGUCAACAACAGUCUUCCAAACCGCACCAAUUAUCCGUCUGCUGCAAGUUAAACAACGGCAUAAUCCUCGCGUUUCGUCACAGAGUAGCUCAUGGCAUCGCUGUAAUCGCGCGGGAGGGAAAGAGCUGCGGGCGCAAUGUCUUGGCGCGAACGUGAAUCAGCUGGACGACCAUUGGUCGGCUCGUAUAGUCGUUGCAGCCCCUGCAACCGCACAAAGGAGCUGUCGCAGCUCCUCAGCUAGUCUUUCGAACCUUUUGUUCUUCUCACCUGCUGCGCCGUCGGAAAACUGUGCCUUUUUUGCUACCGAGAGGAGCCACCAGGAGGGAGGCUGAUUCAUGCACUUUCCUCGUCGAUUUGUAAACAAUGGAGUUGAAGGACCGCCAGAAAAUCGAUCACCUCUGCAACCAAUUGUUGCCGAGUCUCGACAUCAAGAGACUCUGGCCAAAACUACUGGAGCACAAAGUUUAUAACAGGGAUGAUGUAAACAUUCCAAACUGGCAGAAGAAUCUGUCGAGUCUGGAAACCGUCCGUGACAUUUGUUGCACGAUAAAAACAAGAGGGCCGCGCGCAUACGCAGCUUUGAUCGCAAGCCUCAGGCAAUCUGAUCACCAACAUGUUGUGGAUCAGUUGGAAAAUGAUGGUGCUUCCAGUAGUGUUAAUAACGCCAACAAUAACACUACUACAGAAGAUAACGUUCCACCAGUCAACGAUUCUUUAGAAAAUUCUCUAGAAUCUGCCAGUAAUUCUAAUUACCAAGAACAUUCCGAAGAUGACUACCAUACAAAAUUGUAUACAGAGUACGAGCCACUAGUAAUCAAGGUUAAAAAAGCUGAACUUUUUAGAGAUGAGCCCCAAAGCAGAGGUAUAGAAAGGUACGCCAUGAGGAGUAAUCCAAGAGGCUUAGUCUUAAUGAUAACAAACAUCGAUUACAAAAUACUUGAUAGGAGACCAAGUGCCAAAUACGAUGAAGACAAUUUGACAAAUCUUUUUGAAGAAAUGGGAUUCAGAGUCAUAAAAUACAAAAAUUUGACUGGAAACGAAAUUAAAAAAAAGGUCAGAGAAUUUUCACAAAUGAAAGAAUUGGCUCGAGUAGAUUCUGUAUUUGUUAUUAUAUCAUCUCAUGGGUCUGGAGAACGUGGCAAGCAAGAAACUGAAAUCCAAGGCAUCGAUUACAUGUUGUCUACUUAUGAGUCAAUAUUUUGUACAGAUAUCAUUGACAACUUCACUGCAAUGCAGUGUCCAUCCCUCAUAAAUAAACCAAAAAUAUUCAUCUUUCAAACUUGCAGCUUUAAAAAUGAUAAAAAAAUUCAAAGUCGCUCUAGUAUACCAAAAAACAGCUUUAACUCAACUAAUCUAUCUACUUUUUCUUCAAAUUCCAUCAGGGGUGACAAGCAUCAACAAGCUGUUGUUUCACGAUUUGCCACUGAUGCUGUAGUUACAAAGGAAGCAUCUUCUGAUUCACAUAAACCAUUUGGUGUAUCAAUGCGCAAUUACUCUGAUACAAUAAUUGCUUAUGCGACUUUACCAGGAUAUGUUUCUUAUCGUGAUACACACAAUGGAAGCUGGUUCAUUCAAAUUCUCUGUGAAGUUUUUAUGAAUUAUGCUUGUGAAAAACAUGUUCAAGAUUUAUUUACUAUGACUGAUGGAAGAAUAAAAAAUCUGAGGACUGGUUCUGACCAAUGCCAAACUUUGUCAGUGAUAAAUGAAGGCUUUCAUCACUGCUAUCUGAAUCCUGGACUUUUCGAUAAACCAACAACUAGUGCAUCAGCCAAAAAAAUGGGGGACCAAGUGCACUUGAAUAAAACUACUUAUACAAAUUUGAUUGCAAGUUUGCAUGAAUUACAAUUGCAUGAUGUAGCAGACCAUUUACAAAGAAGUGUCAUUAAACCAAACGAUGAUCAAGAUGUAGUUGACAGGCCUGAUACACCUGAUACACCAACAACUGUUAAUUCAGACUGCAUCUCCUUUAAUUCUUCAGAUGAGGAGUCUGACGAGAGAGAAGACAACUUUCAUACAAAACUACAGGUUGUCAAAGAACCUCUCACUAUAAAUGUAAAAAAGGCGACCAAAUUCAGGGACAGGCCUGAAGUUAAGCAUAUCGGAGCAUACCCAAUGAGAAGUAAUCCUCGAGGAUUGGUUUUAAUUAUUGCAAAUAAUUUGUAUAAAAAAGAAAAAGAUAGGCGACCAAGUGCUAUACACGAUGAAGCAAAUUUAAAAAAACUCUUCACUGAGAUGGGCUUCAAAGUUAUAUCACAUUUUGACUUGACUGGAAAAGAAAUUGAAAGCAAAAUUGAAGAAUUUUCUCAAAUGAAAGAACUUCGACGUGUAGAUGCUGCUUUUGUUAUCAUUUCUUCACAUGGUAGUGGUAAACCAGGAAAUUGUGAAACCGAAAUUACAGGUAUUGAUUACAAAUCAAAAGGGUAUAAAAAGGUUGUUUGUACUUCAAUUAUGAAUUAUUUUACUGCUGAGCACUGUCGCUACCUCUCAGGCAAGCCAAAAAUUUUCAUUUUUCAAACUUGCAGAGGAAGCAAUGAACAAGUAGCUGUUCCUAGGCAUGCAAUUGAUGCAGUCACUAAUAAUUUACCAAGAAUUGAAGAAGCAUAUGUGCAAUUUUCAGAAACUAUGAGAAAUUAUGAAGACAUGUUGAUAGUUUAUUCAACUAUACCUGGAUUUGUCUCUUAUAGAGAUGAAUACAAUGGAACUUGGUUCAUACAAAUUUUGUGCGAGGUUUUCAUGAACUAUGCUCAUAAAGUUCAUGUAAGAGAAUUAUUUGACAUGAUUGAUUUUAGACUUAAAAAUUUUCGUACGCCAGAAGAUAAUUGUCAAACACCAUCGGUAACAUCACGUGGCUUCAAUAGACAUUGUUAUUUGAAUCCUGGUCUUUUUGAAGAUAAAACCUUGAAUGGAAAUCACAAUGUCAUACCGAAGACUGAAAUCGAUUUGACAUUCAAAUGCUGCACUAACAGAAAAGCAAAUAUUUAUGUCUGUACAAGGUGUGAAUCUGUUUAUCAUCGCAAAUGCGCUAGGAAGUUAGAUAAUAUUAGAUGUAUUGGUAAAGUCAAGGCUGAUUGCUGUUCUUCAAAAGUAAACCUCGUCGACAACGAAGAUAUCAGCGUAUCAAGUGUAAAUGAGGUUGUUGAAGACGUAAGUAAAAUAACAACUAAGCAGGGAGAAGUAAGUCAUAGCUCAAAAAGGGAAGUUUCAAGAGUAGAAACCAAACAUUUUGAUAUUGUUACCAAUGGCGUUUCUUUAGCGCAGUCCCUACAGAAUUCAAAAUUAGAAAAACUUGAAAGUAAUUACGAACUUUUACAACAAGUGGUCAAAGAAUUGAGGAGCAAUAAUGAGUUAUUGCAAGAGAAAAAUGAAUGGCUUACAAAAAAAUUGAAAAAGAAGAAAAGAAAUCAUUGGGUUAGAAAAAACCUGGGAAAAGUUCUGAAAAAGAGGAAAAAACAAGCAUCGAAUGUAGUUGAACCAGUUGAAAUUUGAUUGGGAUUGGGAAAUUAGCGCAAUCGUGAAUCAUGCAAUAAAAAUUAGCUUUGUUUUAUGGUCAACAAAGUCAAGUAAAAGUAAUUAUGCAAUUAUCAAAGGUAUUGCUGAAUUAGAAAAUUCGUAUACAUGAAAAUCCAACCGCAAUAUUUGAAAUGAAAAUUAUUCUAAGGAAAUCAGAUUAGAACUUUAAAGUAUCUGUGAUAAAAACCGCAUUUACAAUUACAUAGAAUGUUAGUCACUCAAGAGAAAAAUAGACAAUGUUAGUAUAUUUCUUUGAAUAUUGAACGAACAAAUGAUAAAAUGCACUGUUUUCCAUAAAAGCUUUUGAUAAUUUGUAUAAAUAUUGAAUAUUUAUACAAUUCACUUGAGGAAAUGACUUUUUAUUGAUGUUAAUGUAUGAUACUCGCCCGUAUUUGCGUAUCAAUAUAUUUUAAAACGAAUAUUUGUAGUUGAAACUAAAAAAAUAUUUAUCUAUAUCAAAUGUUUACGAAUAUAUUUAAGUUAAUCAAUGAAGUAUUGAAAGGAAUUUGAGAAAUAUGUAAAAAUUGUAUAUAUAAAAAUUAUAACUGAAUUACUAUCAUAAAAGUUUUCAGAUAAUCCACACCGCUACUGAUAAAAAUUAACAAAUUAUUUUGUUAUAUAUUAAAAAAAGUCUGAUAAAAGUGCAUUUAUACCGAAAAAUAAUAUCCUCGUUUUUUAUAACUGCCAUUUGUGGAUUAAUUUUGUUUUAAAGAAUAAUGUUUACACCAUUUCUGCCAUAUUUUUAUACAUAUUUUUUGUACGAGAGUGCGUACAUACUCUCAAUUUUUAUAAAGCUGAAUAAAACUAAAUUUAUAACAUAACAA